GAAUCCCACCAGCGGUUGGCGAAGCGGGGGGAUAUGGGUUUGUGCUUGGUCCCGGGCUGCGGCCAGCGGGCCCCGACCUGUGGAAAUCUGAAUAUUUAAUAGUCGAGGGUGAAGGUUGGCUGGCGCGUUAUUGGGUUAUGCCGGCUGCGGGUGGAGUCUGUGUGUUUGUGCAUUUUAAAAAGUCUCAGGGCGAGCGCCCGGCGUAAAAUAAGCGGAGCCGAGGUUUUGAGGUUUAAUUCGGGGAGGGGUUUUUUGUUUUUUUUCCCCCCCACCUCCCGAAGAUGGCGGAGGCACUGGGGGUGGCUGACACUCGCAGGCUCCACAGUAAACCGCAGGAUUUAAACGAUGCGUACGGGCCUCCCAGCAACUUCUUAGAGAUCGAUAUCUUCAACCCGCAGACGGUCGGGGUCGGUAGGAGUAAGUACACGACAUACGAGGUCCGAAUGAGGACAAAUCUUCCCAUUUUUAAGAUGAAGGACUCGUGUGUGCGCAGGCGAUACAGCGACUUUGAGUGGUUGAAAAGUGAAUUGGAGAGAGACAGUAAGAUUGUUGUGCCACCGUUGCCAGGAAAAGCUUUGAAACGUCAGCUUCCAUUUAGAAUGGAUGAAGGAAUUUUUGAAGAGUCUUUUAUUGAAGAAAGAAGAGUUGGAUUAGAACAAUUCAUUAACAAAAUUGCAGGUCAUCCAUUGGCUCAGAAUGAACGCUGCCUGCACAUGUUCUUACAAGAGGAAAGCAUCGAUAGGAAUUAUGUACCUGGCAAAAUUCUGUGUAAGUGGACAACUAAAGACUAGUAGGGGAAGCAAAUCUGAGUCAUCUGCAGCUCUUUGGAUGGAAAGGCUGUUAACCUGAAGAAAUGACAAUUGUUAGUCUCAAUGUUUCGUUCUGUUACCCCUCUGUCUUGCUUUCUUCCCUUCCUUGUGACCAAAUCCGCUUUACUUUCCUCUACUGCUUAUAACUUAACUCUUGCAUGUGGAUAACUUUUGCAGAUGACAUUAGCACUUAGUCAUACUGUCCAUUUGGAAUUCAGCAAAAAGUUGCAGUUUUUGUUUCCAACUCCUAACAGGGGAAUGGUUUAAUGAAUAUGAUUCCUUCUUUUUUUUUUUUGGAGGGGUGUGAGCAUUGGUGGGUAGCCGUGAGCAAAAAGAGACCUCAACUGCUUGGUACCUGAAGUGCAUAGUCAUAUUAUCUUGCCAGUUGUUACAGGUUUAUUCUUUUAAUUGGAGCUUCCUCUAGGUGUAUUUGCACAAUUUGAGGUUGCCUGCUUUAUCUUUGAAACUGGAGCUUGAAAUGUGUGUUCUUCCAUUGUUCCCUUGCAAAUGGGUUGCUACUACACAUUCCUCUAGUCAGGAGGUUUAAAUUCCCAUUAAAAGACCUUGGAAUUUGAAGCCUUUGACAAAAGGGCUAGUGGAAUUUGAAUAUGGCUUGUCCAGAGGAGGGAGGGCAACUUCAUACAGUUUGUGAAUGAAGAUUCCUAAGAUGAAGAGACCUCUGGACCUCACCAGCUUCAUGAUGAAUUGAAAAUGAGAGGUGAAAAGGCAGAAAACAACAACAAUCCACUUCAACUCAUUGGGCCAUCAAGAGAUUGUGUUCUUAAGUGUUGGACCACAUGGGUUUGGUAUAAGGACAGUCAUAGUCGGGUAUUCACGAGGUGCAGUUGUAAUUGUAACAAUACAUUAACAGAUUAUUGGGACUAUAAAAUGUCUAAUCUUUGGAACACUACUAGAUGUAUAUGAGAGACAAACUGUGGGUGGGUACAUCCAUCCCUGACUGCCUUUAAUGAAGACUACUGUUCUCUCGGAAUAACAUGUUGGGAUGAUGCUGUACAAUUAUAUUUGCCAAAGAUCAUUACAAAAUGCAAUCUGUAUUUUUUCCCUCUGAAACCAGAAAUGAUUCUGUCUAUUGUUAAUAUGGAUAUACUGGCAUAUGGAGCUGAUAGUUGAAUCUUUAACUUCAGCCAAUGUUGUCAAUAAUAAUGGUGUUCUACAUAAGCCAUUGCACACAAAGCAGAGUUCCUCAUGUAUUCAUUCAUUUAUCUCUGAAUCACAUUGAUUUUAUUUUCAUUUAGAUGCUUUUGUAUAUGUCACUGGGAAAAAUAACUCAUGCAAUGUUAAACAGCCUUCUUAAUCCAAAGUCAUGUCUGAUCUGUCCAAAAUAAUGUGUUCACUUAUUGCAUUCAUAUUAAACUACUGUAAAACCA